CUACGUCAACCUGGUGUCGUUGGCCGUAUACGCGCAGUUGGCUUGGUGCAUAGGUCUACGGUUCGACAAUGUCAACCGCGAGAUCGAGGCCAAGCUCGAACGGUUGACGUCGACGAACCGCGUCGAAUUCGCAAAUCGCCGCUGUCACAACUUGUCUUAUUUACUCCGUUGCUCUGACAAUCGAAUUAAAGAUGUGAAAUAUAUUUCUAUUAAAAAAUUUCAAGAAAUUCACUGGAGUCUUUGCUAUUGUGUCAACAUUUUAAACCACCAUUACGGAUGGCAACUAUUAACGAGCCUAUUGCUGAACAUAAUGAAUCUAAUAGUCUUCCCGAAUAUCCUGCGAACAAGAAUUGCGAAUACUGUGUCACUUGGACCACUCCACUACGGAUUUGUCAUUAUCUAUGUUGUUUGGAUUUUUUGUCUCCUAGCUACGUUAUUAUUGAUGGUGCUGCCUUCGUCGUACGCUGCUUCAAAAGCCGAAAGCACAGCCGUCAGUGUAUGCAAAUAUCUUAACGUUUAUCUCGUACCAGACGACAUGAAACAGUUAGAACUAUUUGUACUUCAAUUGCACAAGCAUAAGGUACGUUUUUCAAUAUGUGGAGUCGUGGAUUUACAAAUAUCUACAGUAACAAAAAUGAUUGGGACUAUCAUUACAUAUUUGCUGAUUUUCAUUCAAUUACAAAACAAGUGAACGCAAAAUUUCAAUUACUUUC